AUGGCAUCCGCAAAUGCGCCACGCACGCCCAAGCCCAUUACAAUUGAUAUAUCAUCCGAUGACGAUGCGGAUCUACUAGGUAAAACGCCAGCAUCGGCCAUAUGUAUCGACGACGACAGCCCCCGGCCAAAAAAAAGAGCGCGCACGUCUCUUCCCAAGUUCCAAAAAUACGCCUUUAGCUCAAGCGUUUAUGGGGGAUCUAGCGAUGAUGAGGCGCUAGCUACCGCGUGUUCGGAAGUAGAGAUGCAGCAAAAAUUGAUGCGAAGUUGGGUAGAUGCUGGCAUUUUGAUGGCCAUCAGGGAAUUGGCUGCCGAGAAAGCCGGGGUGAAAGGUGCUGAACAAGUUACUGGCCAGACGAACAUGACUAAUGAGCUGGCUCGGCCUGUAAACCACAAAUUCGUCCUUUCAACUCCAGUGGCCCCUCAGAGUACAGGCCCUCGACCGCAACGCGCUGGACCCUAUAUGAGUCCAUACCAAGAUACUCCGGUCCAGUAUUCCUAUCCGAAUUCACCUCCCAAGAAAUUCGGGCUCCAAGGGUAUCAGGCUAGUCCAGCUCCAUAUCGUCGGUCGCCACGUACCCACCAACGUAUGGAAUAUCCGCCAAAUCCAUCUCACAGUGCGACCACGCAUUCUAUCCAGCCUCACUAUGCUACCCCUACUAGCUCCCUGAUGUCUGAUCACCCAAACCCCACCUUCAGCUCUUCAGCUCCUUCUCAAUCUAGCCCCACCCCUCAGCAACAUGUAGCUUACCACAGCGGUAAAACUCCCAAGCCCAACGACACAACCCGCCAGCCACUCACUCUUGCAUGCACCAACUCCCAAACUUCCCAAACAACCUCUCGAAGCAAGGCUGCUGGUGUAUCUCUUGUCCUUCCAGCAGAUCAAUUUCUGUCCUGGUUCGACUUGGUGCGUCGAUACUGUCCCGUCAAAGAGAGAUCCAGUGGAGUUGCUGGGUAUAAUAAAUUCAAGGUACAACGCGCCGAAUGGUUGGCAAAGCUGAAGAUGAACGUCCCACCUUACAAUACGCUAUGCCACGCUGAACACGAGAAGCAAGAGGUGGAAGACGCUUGGGCUAAGACACCAAGCACGAAGCGAAGGCAGGUCGAGAUGCUUGCGCAUAAGUGCAAGUAUAGGGUCACUGUUAAUGUGCCGCUUCGAACUGUGCCCGCCGAGGUCGGCCCCUUCUCACUUAAGGCAUUGGAUACCCUGUACAAAGUACCAUUAUCACCGGACCAGAAAGAGACGCCCGCAAACACACUCUCGAAGCCCUGUGCAGACAAAAUUCCCGUCGCCAAACGCAAAGCCAUCGAAGCAGAAGCCAACCUUCUUGCAGCUGAGAGGAAUCUGAAAAUCUCUAUGCCAUUCAAAACGAAUCCGAGCUUCCCAGAAAGAAAAUCCGUCUAUGAGGAGAAGCUCAAGACUUGGCUUUGCCAGCUUGGUCUCGACUACGGGCGGCUCUGCUUGUGUCCACCGAAGACUAUUCCUCGAGGAGUUACAUAUCUGGAAACUAUAGAAACUGCUGAGGUCCUAGGAAUCAUGUACUUGUCCUAA